CGUUAGGUUACUCCAGCAUUUUUGUGUCUAUCUUAAGCAUCUGACCAUUUUUAGGUUGUUGAUGAUGGGAUCUAGUUGUGCCCGCAUUUGGCUGCCACCUUUAAGGAUUUCACCAUUGACCCCACUUCAGAAAAGUACUUCAUUUGCUUGUGAUGUGCUGAAAGGUCCUCUCGAAGUUCGAGGCUUUUAUCUUUCUAUAUGUAAUUGCCAUUGCAAUACAGUGCGAUGUGUGCACAAAUGUGUACAAUUUGCAGACAGCAAUAUCCCAGAAAAGGCAAAGUGUGGAAUGAGCAGAUCUCAUGCUGUUCUUCUCAGGUUAUGGAUAGCAGGAAGCCAGAGUCACAGAUGUGGCCCAGGAUUUAGCACAAUGCUGCAGAAUGAAUGGAGCUUGGACUACACUCUACCAGUCCCCCACCUUCCACGUUCUUGGGCAAAAGCUGUUGUUGCUACACUGGCCCUUCUGUGCUUUGGCAUCAGUUACAACGGAGACUUUGUCUUCGAUGAUUCAGAAGCUAUAAUCAACAAUAAGGACCUUAGACCAGAAACCUCACUUGGCCAUCUCUGGGAACAUGACUUCUGGGGAACUAAUCUCAUUAGCAAUACCAGUCACAAAUCCUACCGGCCACUUACGGUGCUUACAUUCAGGUUGAACUAUCUUGUGGCUGGAGGAUUACACCCGAUUGGAUUCCAUGUAGUCAACAUCGCAUUGCACAGUAUGAUUUCUGUCAUGACACUGGAUGUGUUCUCUGUACUUCUGGGUGGUCUCGUACAUGAUGGGCAAGGACAGCUGCUCAAUAAGGCACCAAAAGCAUCCUUUCUCGCUGCUAUGCUCUUUGCUAUUCAUCCAGUACACACUGAAAGUGUUGCUGGGAUUGUUGGCAGAGCAGAUCUGCUCUGUGCUCUGUUCUUUCUAUUGUCCUUCAUCAGCUACUGUAAAGCCUUCAGAAAAUAUGAUGUGGCUGCAGAGUUUUCCCUUUGUUGGAUCUUUGCCAGCUUGUUGUUAUGUGCAGUUGCAAUGCUUUGCAAGGAGCAGGGUAUCACAGUGCUGGGUGUGAACAUAGUGUUUGAUGCACUUGUAGUCUGCAAAAUGGAUAUCUUGCAGCUAGGUGUGACUCUGUUAGGAAAAGACAAAACAUCUGAGAGAAGUCUAAGCUGGAAAAGAGGAUUUUGUACCCGGGUUCUCCUGGUGUCUUCUGGCGGAGCGGCACUUCUGUACGGUCGCUGGAGGAUCAUGGGUACGGGCCCUCCACUGUUCACUGAGGUUGAUAACCCGGCGUCAUUUGCAGACAGCUCCCUUGUGCGAACUAUUAAUUAUAAUUACUAUUACUCUCUGAACGCAUGGCUACUUGUGUGUCCCUGGUGGCUGUGCUUUGAUUGGUCGAUGGGCUGUUUACCUCUGAUUAAUUCAGUCGGCGAUUUUAGAAUUCUUGCCCUUUUCACACUUUGGUUCUUCCUUAUUGGAAUCACAUGGCAAGGUUUAUUCUCCAAAAACCCAGAUGAAAGAAGAAUCCUUGCUUCUGGAAUUGCCCUCGUGAUCAUCCCCUUCCUCCCUGCGUCUAAUGUUUUCUUCAGAGUAGGGUUUGUGAUUGCAGAGAGAGUGAUCUACCUCUCCAGUGCUGGUUACUGCAUCCUCCUGUCUUACGCCAUGUGUGUUCUGUCUAGGAAAGGCCGGCUAAUCAAGACCAUCCUUUCUGUGGCUCUGGGGGGCAUGGUGAUCCUGAACAUUACGCAAUGUAUCCGACGCAGUGAUCACUGGAGGUCGGAGGAGUCUCUCUUCACAAGUGCCUUGUCUGUGUGUCCCUUCAAUGCCAAAGUGCACUAUAAUGUUGGCAAAAACUUAGCUGACCGAGGAAGGGAGGAGUCUGCAAUCCAGUUCUAUAGAGAAGCUGUGAGGCUCCAUCCAAAGUACGUUCAUGCUAUGAACAAUCUCGGAAACAUCUUGAAAGAAAGGAAGGAACUUCAUGAAGCCGAGCAGUUACUGUCCAGAGCUGUGGCCAUUCAGCCUGAUUUUGCAGCGGCUUGGAUGAAUCUGGGGAUUGUACAAAAUAGUUUGAGAAAAUUUGAAGAGGCUGAGAAAAGUUACCGGACAGCAAUAAGAUACAGGAGAAGAUAUCCAGACUGUUACUACAAUCUAGGGCGGCUGUAUGCAGAUCUUCAUCGGAAUGUAGAUGCCCUCAAUGCAUGGCAGAAUGCUACCCUUCUCAAGCCUAACCAUGGUUUGGCUUGGAAUAACAUGAUCAUACUACUUGAUAACACAGGCAACUUAGCAAAAGCUGAAGCAGUCGGAAAGGAGGCUCUAAAAAUGCUGCCCAAUGAUCAUACCAUAAUGUUUUCCUUUGCGAAUGUGCUUGGUAAAUUAAAGAAAUAUAAGGAAUCGGAGAAUCUGUUUCUAAAAGCGCUUCACAUUAAUCCUAAUAUAGCAAGCUAUCAUGGAAAUUUAGCUGUACUGUACCAUCGUUGGGGAAGGCUGGAUCUGGCCCAGGUGCGGUACGAGUUUGCACUGAAACUUGACUCAGCCUCGCCUGGGAUUGCAGAGAACUACAGCUUGUUGAAGAAGAAACUUGGACAACUGAAGCAGGGCCAAUCAUGAGGGGAGAGAGUUAAGGGAUAACCAAAUCUCCAAGAACUCACCACUGGCUGUCCAAGAUAGUGGUGAAGAUAGUGUUCAAGAUCCUACCUGA